CCGGGUUGGUUUGCCGUUUCUGAUGUCAGUUAUGUGUACAUUUUCCUAAUGCAGAUCUAAAGAGAACAGUACCCAAGUAAGAGGUUAUUUAAGAUGACAGCCAUUAAGCACACUCUACAUCGUGAUGUCUUUCUGCCUCAUGAUGAACGUCUCAUCGGGUUUGUCCAUGUCACCAAAGUUGGGAGGAAGAAGAAAACAAGUUUUUUAUGUGCUGCAUUAAAUAAUGAUCAUGAGAGCCCAAUCCAGGCUAGGGUAUAUCAAGUGAAGAAAGCAGACAAGGGAGAGUCCUACAAGAAAAAAACUACUUGGUUGCUACGGGAACUAAAGGUCGUUGAUGGCAAAAGUUCAAACAAGGAAACUGCUGAGUUUGACCUCCAUUUUGAGAAAAUCUACAAAUGGGUAGCGAGUAGUGUAUCUGACAAAGAGGCUUUCAUUUCUUGUCUGUGGAAGCUGAGUCAGAGGUGUCUUAUACAAAAACCGGAUUUCAUUAAUGUCCCUAAACAGUUACUGGAGGAGGUAAGCCAGCCUUCAGGUGCAGGCCACACUCCCCAGACUGGGGACGACAUGGCUGUUCUGGAGGAAGACUACCAGGCCCUGACAGGGAAGGAGGAGUCCGACCUCGCUCUCCUCAUGUCCGAGUCACAGGCCGCUAUAAGUAAUGCGGAGUCCUUUGCUGAGCAACUCUCAAAGCAACUGUCUGUGUUGGAUGGGGCCAACAUCCAUUCUAUCAUGGGAUCUGAAGACCAAGUCCUGAACCUGAUGAGGUUACUAGACGAUGGUAUUAAUCAGGCAGAGAAAAUUGAGGAACGCUUGGACUCUUAUGACAAAAUACUACAGAAUGUAAAAGACCAGAUGGAGAUGAUGAGAGACAAAGACUCGCUAAUCAACACUCGUAAUAAGAACCAUCAACAUUUGCUGGAGGAACUGGACAGCCUUGUGAGUCAGUUGGACCUGGAUACACGCCACCUGAAGGCACUGAGUGAUGGUGACCUCUCCACUCCAGGUGGGAUCUUUGAAUGCACAGCUGCUGCCAAUGCCCUUCAGAAUUGUAUGGCUGUACAAAUACACCCAGCCCUGAGGAAGAUGUCAGCUGUAGAAGAACAACAGAAGCGUUACAGUAAAUUCUCGGCCAGCUUUGCGAAACGUUUGGCACAUCAUCUCAACAACUUGUUUAUCCAUCAGGGUAACGAGAUGGGAGAAACCCUCAGUCGACAGAUGAUAGACUUCAAGAUUCCACAGCAUCAUUCCAGCCAUCGUGACCUCACUCCAUAUGCAGAUCUUAUGUUCUGGCUGAAAAAUGCAGAUCCCAAGAGUUUCAAGGAGCUUUCACAGGUGUACACCACCAGUCUGAGUCGACUCUAUACCAAGGAAACACAGGACUUUAUAGAAUGUGCUAAACAGAGACUAGGGACAGGAACAAAGGCCGACAAGAACAAGCUAGGAGUGGGACUAGCAGGACAAAGUGCGUCUAAGUUGUCAGGGUCUUCGACAAGUCUGCAAGGAAAAAUUCAUGAUGCUCGUGGACGCUCUGGGUCCAUGCAAAGUGUAGACUCAGCUUCAUUGUCUACGCAUGGCUCUGACUCGGACCUCGCUAUGAGACACCUGUUUGAUCAGGUUCUUGAUAAGGUGUUCAGUGAACUGGAACCAUUUUGUCUGGCGGAGCAAGACUUUUGUGUGCGAUUUUUCCACCUAGUGGCAGAGUCACAGAAGGGAGAAAAAGAGGAAGAAGAUGGGGAUAAUGGCGACAUCUGGCAGCCUCAAAAACCUGUCCAAUCGGUCGAGAAUUACUAUAUGGAAAAUUUAGGGGAGGGUCUUUUUCAAAGACGUGUAUCAAGUCAAAUGCGUCACAUCAAUGAGGAAGUACGAGGUAUGAUGAGGGACCUCUUCCCCUGUCUUGAAAACAACCUGGACGAUUUCUUCUCUUACUCAGAUAGGAUUGAUGGAUUUAAUUCCAUGUAUAUGUUGGUACGGAUGAGUCAGCACGUGAACAAAGCCCAGAACACUGGAUCUUUCCUCAGUGUCACAUUUGCCAGCUGCCUUGUCAAGAUCAAACGCAAUUUUGAUAGAUUCAUACAAAACCAGAUCCGUGCUAUCCAGGAAUGUCGUGUGGCCAAGAAAACCAAGUGUGGCAUCAUCAGCUUUGUCCAUACAUUUGAGGACUUUGCUAACCAAGCAGAAAGUAUUUUUCGUGGAUCUGAGAACCGACAUGCCCAUCUGGACAAGUCUUAUGUCACUCUUGUUGCAGUUAUAUUUGAACAGAUUGCCAGAAUUGCUUCAGAACAUCCCAAAACACCAAGGGAAGUUGUAAUGAUGGAAAACUUCCAUCACAUGUUCUCUGUUCUGUCAGCUCUCAAGAUUCCCUGUCUGGAGAAUGAUAGGAAAGAGGCCAAACAGACAUACCAGGAUAACUUAUACCAGUAUACAACCAAUCUACUGGGCAGACCCAUGGAGAAACUUCAUGUGUUCUUUGAUGGGGUACAGAACAGAGUGGCAUCUGGGGUGAAGCCGGAGGAAGUUGGGUACCAGCUGGCCUUCAGUAAACAGGAACUACGCAAGGUCAUCAAGGAAUAUCCUGGCAAAGAGGUGAAAAAGAGCCUUGAACAUUUAUAUAAAAAAGUAGAGAAACAGCUGUGUGAGGAAGAAAACUUGCUGCAGGUAACCUGGCUAGCCAUGCAGGAUGUGUUCCUCAGACAGUGCAAAUCUCACGAGGACCUGAUCAACAAGUGCUACCCAGAUUCAGGCAUAUCACUCGAGUUCAGCGUUGGUGAUGUCCUACAAUACUUUUCUGAUAUCGCCCAGUCACAUUAAGAAUGCCUGUUUUCUAUGGAGAUAUCUUUAGAGUACUUUUGGUACCGACCAGCCACAACAGGAAUGACAUUGGGGUUUAGUUAUCAUCCAUGCACAUCUUGAACAAGUCUACUGUUGGUUACAUCCAGCAGCGCUUUGUGAUAUUGCAGAGUUAAAUAAAGUUUAUAUACUGUGGCAAUAACUUGCGCAACCUUUAGUAUUUGAUGUUGGCUAGUCUCACACUUUCCUUAUAGUUAACUUUAUUUUCCAGGAUACUUUGAAUGGUCAGCGUUUAUGAAGUUGACAAAUUUACUCCAGAUAAUUACAACUAAACUUCAAACAUGCCACAUUGUUCAAUAGCAUAGUGGAGCCUCGACCAGUGUGUGUACUGUGUAAAAUCACACUAUAGAUUAAUGUUGCUUCUGAUCUUGUUUCAUGUCUCAAGUGUUUAUUUUCUUCAGAUCAUCAGCCCUAUUUCAAAUCAUGAUAAAUGAUAAUACAAUAAAAUAUACUUCAAACAGUCUCUAAAUAUACUGAUAGUGAAAAACAAGUCCUAUGAUUGUGAACACUACUCAUUCAUAUAAUGUAAGGCAAAUCAAAAAAAUGUUUCAAGUACUUAAAUAAGAUCUGCUUUUGACAUAAUUUUAGCUAUAGAUCGUCAAUAUGUUUACGAUUUAACACACCUUUGAUAUCAAACCAUUUUUCCAUUUUUCUAUCUCAUAAGUUAGCAGUUCUCUCUCUGCUAUAGGAAAUGCAAGUGUCAACCUAACAGAAGUGUGUGGCUGUGGCUUUUAACUUACAUAUUGGUACAGAAAGCUGGUACAUAUAUGAUAGGCAUUUUAUGUCUAUUUAUUUCAGAGCUAGGAUGAUAAUUUGAAGUGCAAUAUCUUGUUGAUAUAGAUACAAUGCUUCUGUAUUUAUAUAGUGUAAUGAUUAAUGUAUUAAUUUGAAUCAUGUGUUGUUUUUUGUGAAUAAAUGUUAUAUUGAUUUACA